CCAAUCAAUGAAGGCUUCACCGAUGUUGAUCGAGAUCCACUCUCGGAUUCGAUGCAUGUGAACUACGAUGCGUUGAACGGCAGCUAUCCAGAAUAUGGUAAGUCUUGCUCAGAUCCUUUGAAAUGGGAAGCUUAUCCAUCUAUAACUUGGUAG